AUGAAAGCCAUGGAAGCUGAUUUCGAAGAACCAGAGAAUCAUAUUGUCCGGCAUAAACCUGUUGGUAUAAAUACUCUACUUCGAAAAACACGCUUUUCAAGAAAAGAAUUACAAAUAAUGUACCAAGGUUUUAAACAAGAAUGUCCAACCGGUACACUAAGCGAAGACUCAUUUAAGGAUAUUUACUGCAAAUUUUUCCUCAAGGAGGUGAAUAGUAUCCAAGCCCUAAUUUAUGCAACUGUAUAUGCUCAGUUAGUAUUCAGAUCUUUCGAUCAAGAACAUAAUGGAACUUUAACAUUCGAACAAUAUAUUCAGUGUUUAUCAUGUUUAAUGCAUGGAACACAAAAUGAUAAAUUACGUUGGGCAUUUCGGUUAUAUGACAUAAAUGGUGAUGGUUUUGUGACUAAAGGUGAAAUGUUGAAAGUAGUCAAUGCAAUUUAUGAUUUACUGGGACGAAAUACAGAACCACCAAUCAAUGAAUCCACUACUGCUAAUCAUGUGGAAAGAGUAUUUCAGCGAUUGGAUUUGAACCAGGACGGUGUAAUCAGUUUCGAAGAGUUUUUACAAGCUUGUGCUUACGAUCCAACUGUAUGUGAUGCCCUUGAUAAACUUACAACCAUUUUAUAA